AUGCGUAUAAGAUCAGAUGAAUGGCGUCAAAUCACCUAUCUUUUGCAUAUUACAAAGCCUUUCUUUGUCUUUACUACUGCAUUAUGUAAGACAAAGGAUAUCACUAUAUAUAGUGUAUUCAAUGUCUAUAAUGCUUUAUUCCAGCAUAUCGAGUCUUCUAUUACUAAGCUUCAGCAAAAGAAGAAACAAGACAUGCUUUUAGCUCUACAAGCAGCUGAAUCCAAGCUUCGAGAGUAUUACUCUCAGACCAUAGACCCGGCCCUAGGCAAGUGGGAAGAUGAGACGAUUGAUUAUACCGAGGUCUAUAGAUCAAGCUUGCAGGAUCUGAUUAGAUCUUAUCAACAAGAUGACCCGAUCUCGAGUCCCCAAGCCCGGAGAUAUAUAGCUAUAGAGCUAGCGCUAGCAUAUUGCCUACUAACUGGUGCUGGUGUAGAGCGCCUAUUCAAUAUAGCACGUGAUAUAUGCCACUACCGGCGUGGCAGGCUAAGCACUUCUACUAUAAAAGACCUUAUGGUGUAUAAUCGCACUAUAAAGUUUGAUAUAGAUACAGAAGAGCUGACUCAGCUAGUCCAAAAUCUUGAGAUCGAAGAGGAGGCGGGAUUAAAGGACUUAGAGACUCGAGUAUUACUCAAGGAUAUCAAUGAUAUCGAGGAUCUAGAUCUAGAUAGCUUAGCCCUAAUUCGGCAGCCUAAGAGACCAAGGGAGGUUUCAUCCAAAGAUUCUUCAGAUGAAAGGUCAGAUGAUGGAGAACUGCCUUCAAUUAGGGUUUCUAGAAGGGCUAGAGCUACUAGGCAGACACGGGAUGAAGUAGAAUGGGCGUAUCACUGA